AACAAAUGACCCAAACAUCACACAAACAAACGGUUCUACUUGGUGCCCGGAAUACAUUUUUGUGCGGAACGGCAAUCUUCGGCCAUCUCAAACAGAUUGCAAAAUGUCUAAUCGUACGUUAAACGACUGGGAUAACAUUGCCAAAUCGCUAACGAAGGACGAUGCCGCUGAAGAGGAGGAGGAGGAAAUGGACACGCUCGAAGCACUGGAGGCAAAGAUGAGCAAGGUGCCGCGCGGCAUGUUCGUAAGCGGAUGGGACGAUCCCGACGAUUUAAUCGAAGAGGACAAAGAACCGAACGCCAGCUACGAACGACAGGUCCUGUGGGCUGCCGGGGAAAACAAGCAGGAAAUAGUGGAAGCCAUCGUUUGCCGCAAACCGUGCGUAGUGGAAGCGAUCGAUCGAGACGGGUACACGGCACUACACAAAGCGUGCUACAACAAUAACCGCGAGAUGGCGAUGGUGUUGCUGCGGUACGGGUCCGACCCGAAUGCUCGCACCGACAUGGGCUGGACACCGUUGCAUUCGGCGUGCAAAUGGAAUAAUGCUGGCUGUGCUGCGCUGUUGCUGCAGCAUGGUGCCGACGUGAAUGCACCUUCGGAUGGGGCCCAGACACCGCUACACAUUACCGUCACCGUGUCGAGCUGCCGGUCAACCAUGGUAACGCUGCUGAUGAAUGGGCGCUGUGAUCCGGAGCGUCGGAACAACUCGGACGAAAAGGCUGAACAGAUAGCGAAGCGAAGCGGCGACACUUUCCCGUUGUUUGCGAUGGCGCAUUCGGCCUUUACGGUCGAAACAGGCAUGAUCGAUUAGAUUAGUCCGGCAACGGUUGAUCGUUCCCCAGUCUCUAUUAUCGGCUCGUUUGCUCGCUUUAACAAUCAAUAAUUCUAUUAUCUCGGCAUUGAAUGCAAUUUGAACGGACGAUUGGUGAUAACAACUGUCUGUGUAUGUACAAUAAAUUAUUUCCAUUGUCAAGUGGUAACACAUGUCCA